UGCACCCCUGGAGCAGCGGGGGGCUCCCUGAGGCCCUGACACAUGGCCAUGGCUCUGCUGGUGGCAGUGGCACAAAUGCUGCUGCUUCUGGGUCUGGCUGGGGAGUCCCAGUGCUUCUGCUUGCCCAAUGCCUUCUACAAGAAUUGCUGGAUCUGGCGCUUUCCAGGCCUCCUUGUGGACCUGCGGGAAUCCCAGAGGAGGGGAGCCCAGCUGCUGAAGGGUUAUGCAGAAAUCUCCCCCCAGCAGUGCAGCAGAACCUGCUGCCUUCUGAGGAAUGUCUCUUGCAAUCUAGCAGUGUUCUACCAUGGAGCCAUUCAUGAGAACAGGAACUGCCUGCACAUGUCUUGCCCAGCUCUGGAAAGCUGCAUUCUAAGGGCUGGAGUUGAUGUCAUUUUGUACAACAUCACAACAGGGAUUGAUCCAGAUCUUCUCAUUUUUGAGAAACUGAAAUACCAAGAGCCAAAUGCUCACUCCUCAGCGAGUACAUCUGAGAGGCAGCAGAGCACAAAGACCCCUGAGUGGGGAAGAUACCAACAUCACAAUGUCACCACAUUAGGUUCUCCUCUGCUCCGAGCUCCACCUGCUGCCACGAGCCGUGGCUUACCAGGAAACACUCACACCCCCACCUGGAGUCUGACAGUGCGGAGGACUGAAGGUACUGCCUAUUCCAGGGCAGAAACUUCCCCGGUAGAGGUUGCUUUUGCUAGGAGAACAAGCAGCAGGUCGGUCACCAGCUCAGACAAGACUGCACACUCGGCUAUGAGCCCCAAGUCUGACAAGGUGUUAUUCCAUGCACCCACCCCUCCUCGUCUGAACAGCAGCAAGCAACACCUCAACGAAACCAAAGGCUACAGUGGGAGGAAUUCCACAUUGGGUAACGAGGCAGCUGCCUGGGAAGUUGCAGCUUUGGGGGUCUGGCUGAUUCCUGUUGUCCUUUGCACUUCUCUCCUCUGCCUGUGCUGUUGCACUUGCCCUCACAGCCGAGAGCUGCAGCUACAGGAGGGGUCACUAUAAACCUGCAAGGACAAGAACAAGAAUGUCCAGACAGCUCAUAAAAUAUGCUCCUGUCAGAGGUAAUCUGUGAAACACCAUCCUCGCUCUGGAACAAACAGGAUUUUAAAAAUGCACUCCAUACACCAGUUUACUUCUCUCACAGAAAAUAACAGGUGAUACCAGUUCAGAAUAUUUGGUUAUGAUUUAAUUCUCAGCAGAUGAAACACAACUCCCUGUCUCUUUAGGUAGGAAGCACCCACUCACAGCUCCCACUGUUUGAAGCAUUUUGGUUCAUUAUCUGAUGCAGAUUAAUGCCUGACAAACACUGUAACACUUCCGCUCAGGUUCAGUGCAGCUACAGCAUUGGCAUGUCUGUGUGACAGAGAAUUAUUUAACUGGAUGAGAAAUCCUGCUAUAGUUAUCUUUGUGUUUGUGUAUUUGCUACCAAAUGAAUAAACAUCCCAUGUAAUGCAGGA